AUGUACCAUCAACAUGUACCAUCAACAUGUACCAUCAACAUGUACCAUCAACAUGUACCAUCAACAUGUACCAUCAACAUGCACCACCAACAUGUACCACCAACAUGUACCACUAACAUGCACCAUCAACAUGUAAAAUCAACAUGUACCACCAACAUGUACCACCAACAUGUACCAUCAACAUGCACCACCAACAUGCACCACCAACAUGUACCACCAACAUGUACCAUCAACAUGUACCACCAACAUGCACCACCAAUAUGUACCACCAACAUGUACCACCAACAUGUACCAUCAACAUGUACCACUAACAUGUACCAUCAACAUGCACCACCAACAUGUACCACCAACAUGUACCUCCAACAUGUACCACCAACAUGUACCAUCAACAUGUACCACCAACAUGUACCACCAACAUGUACCAUCAACAUGCACCACCAACAUGUACCACCAACAUGUACCACCAACAUGUACCACCAACAUGUACCAUGUGCCCCAGAAGAAAGUGGGCGUGUAAAAGUGCCUUGCCUUGAGAGAUUUAAACUUGUAAAUUUGAUUCAACCUGGUUAA